CAAGCAUCCAGGGAUAACCAGAGAGAUGUAGCUCAUAUCAUGCAUUACUAGGAUGACAGCAAAGAUAUUAUUAGCUGAAAAUCUGCUCUCACAGUACAAGACCAAUGGUGCCCUGGCUGACAGAAGAAAUUCUCUACAGUACAAAAUGGUAUCAGUACCCCUUUUACCAGUGGUGUUCCUGAUGGCUUUGCCCCACAAUGAUGAUGAUGAUUAUAUAGCUACCAUUUGCUGAAUACUCCAAGCACUUUACAUAAUCACCUAUUUUACACAAAGUUGAACGAGGCAUUCUGGAAGAAUAGCACGUACCCAAAGAAAUAUGAAGAAGCAGCUUUGAAGCCUGAGCAAAGGACCCUGGCAGCUCCAAUCCAAGUUGGCUUAACUCAGCAUCACUGAUCCAGAUCCAACACUCCUGGCUCCCUGGGUUUGCUACAGCUCUCUGAUCUUUAGAAUCUUCCUCAAUUCCAGCUAGAAUGCUGUGUCAGGCACUUCACAGAUUUGGUCACAAGCUGGUAAGCAGACGUCCACUGGAGAAAGAAGUAUAUGAGUUUGAAUUGGGCAGAAGUAUGAGCACUCAGGAUUUAGUGGCCCUGGGUGUGGGCCGCACAGUGGGUGUCGGUGUGUACUUCCUGGCUAAUGAGGUGGCCGGUAAUCAAGCCGGACCAUCCAUUGUGAUCUGCCUUUUGGUGGCUGGCCUAACUUCAUUGUUGGCUGGACUGUGCUAUGCAGAGUUUAGUGCCCGGGUUCCCCAUUCUGGCUCGGCAUAUCUCUACUCCUAUGUCACUGUAGGUGAAAUCUGGGCUUUUAUCACUGGCUGGAAUCUCAUCCUCUCCCUUGUUGCUGAUGCCUUCAUUGUGAUCCAGACCUGGACCUUAACCUUUGACAACCUGAUUGGGAACCAGAUCUCUGAAACCCUGCAAGAAAGCAUCUCACAGCAUAUUCCCCAAGUCUUUGCACACAAUCUAGGAUACUUUUUUGUGAUCUUUCUAUUGUUGUUCACGGAAUUUCAAUUUGUGGGGUUUCAUGGGUUCUUCAGAGUUUUUGAAGUGGUCACAUUGGUAAAACUUUUGGUUCUCAGUUUUGUCAUCAUUUCUGGCUUCAUGAAGGGGGACCUACACAACUGGAAACUCACAGAAGAGGACUACAUACAGGCUGGACUCAAUGACACCUCUCGCUUGGGCCCUCUGGGCUCUGGAGGAUUUGUCCCUUUUGGCUUUGAGGGGAUUCUCCGUGGAUCAGCUACCUGUUUCUAUGCUUUUAUAGGUUUCAGCAUUAUUGUUACCAGAGUCAAAGAAUCACACAAUCCCCAGCAUUCUAUCCCUAUGGGCAUUGUGGUUUCACUGCUCAUCUGUGUUUUGGUAUAUUUUGGUGUCUCUGUGGCACUUACACUGAUGGUUCCUUACUACCAGCUUCAACCUGGGAGUACCUUGCCUGUGGCAUUUCUCCAUAUUGGCUGGGCCCCUGCCUACUAUGUUGUAACUUUUGCAAUAUUCUUUAGUAUUCUUGUCAACACCUAUUGGAGCUUUAUGUUCCCCAUACGUUGGGUGAUAUGCAUGAUGGCAGAGGACGGCCUCCUGUUCCCUGUCCUUGCUAGGAUGGAAACUGGCACAUACAUCUCCAUUGUGUCCACUGUGAUCUUUAUCAUUAUUUUAGCAAUCAUGGUAUUCUUCUUUGGACUCACUGAUCUCCUGGACCUGAGGUCAGUUGGGACCCUGAUAUCUUAUUCCCUGGUAGCUUUUUGUGUUCUCAUCAUCAGGUAUCAGCCUGAGAGGAAGAAAGAGGAAAAUGAAGAAGAGCUGCAGGAAGAGAAUGGGGGAAAAGAACCAGAAGUACAGGAGGAGACUGCACCUGCAGCAGAGAAGCUGACUCUAAGGAGACUAUUUUUUCCAGGCAGCCCCACCCCAACUCCACUCUCCGGCCUGAUUGUCUAUGUUUGCUCCUUACUGCUUGCUCUGCUGCUGAUUCUCCUCUGCCUGGUGCUGGCCCACUGGCCAGGUCUGUUUUCUGGAGACCCAGUGCCUAUCACAGUAGUUGUGCUGCUCCUGGUGGUCAUCACUGGGAUCACUGGGGUCAUCUGGAGACAGCCACAAAGCUGCACUCCCCUGCCCUUUAAGAUCCCAGCUGUGCCUCUUCUCCCACUCCUGAGCAUCUUUUUGAAUGUUUGCCUUAUGAUGCAGAUGUCAGCUACCACCUGGGCUCGGCUUGGUGUCUGGAUGCUGAUUGGGUUUACUAUCUACUUCAGCUAUGGCAUCCUGCAAAGCCUGUUCUCUUAACCCCACUUAAGUGCCCACACUCUAGAACUUGAAUUCAGCAGUGCCAGUCCAUAUUUGAUUUGACAUCAUCACACAUGAAGCAGUCUGGUUCUGCUGCACAAUAAUGGGGAGUACUCCUGAGCACAGGGAAAUCUAGGACUCCUAUGAGAUAUUGGUGGGGGAGCACUAAUUGAGUUUGUACUUAGAGUGGAAUAAAGGAUGCACCUUUGCUCCCCCCCCAC